AGCGUGUUCGAGUAUAAAAAGCGGAUUCAAAAUGUACUGAAGCAUUCGUAAUCCGAACGUUUUGCGAUGGAGUCGAUUCCGAAGAAUUCUGUACUGGAAUUUCAUCCGGACACUUUACAGUAUAUCAGGAAACAGUACGACCUGGAUGAACGAAAAAUCAACGAAUCUAUUGACAUCUUGGAGGAGUGGAUGAAGAAACAGGAGCAUUUCGUGAAGAAAAGUUUUCCCCGUGAAUAUUUAGAACGUAUGCUGGUUCAUAAUAAGGGGUCCGUGGAAAAAUGCAAGAGGAAACUGGACAGGCUGUGCACGCUCCGGACUUUGCUGCCAGAGUUCUUCCAAAAUAUCAAUGCGCGUGACAUCAAACAGGAUGUCAGCUACGACCAUCUGCUGCCAAAGAUGACGCCUGACUACUGCCGAGUCGAAGUGUUCAAGCUUCGAGACUCCAAAUACAAUUUACAAGACAUAAAGCAGCAUUUGAACCUUUUCGUUCUUAUCUCAGACUACCUACAAGUGUACGACUAUUGCAAUGGCGUAAUUUACUUCGGAGACUGGAGGGAUGCGAAUCCAAUAGAAUAUGCCAUGUCCGUGAAUUUCUCAGACUUUCGUAAAGCUUUAGACAUUGCUUUUGAAGGAUACAGCAUGAGGAUACGAGCGAUCCACCUGUUGACUGGAUCCAAGGCGCUCGACGCAUUUGUAGCACUGUUCAAACAGGUGGUCAGCCCCAAAAUUGGCAGUAGAAUAAUGACGCAUAAGAGUAUGGAGACGGUAUACCAACAUAUACCCAAAGAUAUACUGCCUGCUGAAUACGGCGGAACGGCGAAGCCGAUCAUAGAGCUGCACGAGAAUAUAAUAAACGGUUUGGCCGACGAAGAGUUCAUAAAGUAUAGACAAAGCAUCAACGAAGCUCGCACGGACGAGAAUUAUCGACCGAAGGAUAUUUUCAACGAGUACAUGGGGAUGCCCGGGACCUUUAGAAAUUUGACUGUCGAUUAAAUAUUUGGA